CUAUGAUCGUCCAUAGAUUAGAUACGUCCAUCCAACCUAUCUACCAUACCGAAGGGUAUUGAUACGGCAGUACUUUAGCUAACGAGGGAAAUUGCAAGUGAGUGGCCUAUCAUGAUGAACACCUCACCCGAAUAGAUAAUUCCAAGUUGCAGUGACUUCCACAGUACUCCGUCCCUACUCCCAUAUUUCGCUAAUGCCGAUGAUUUACAUAUGCCUUGGCUACAGUUAGACAGUCGAUCAUCUCUAUCCGGGUCGUGCUGGAACGGGUCGAGGGGCAGUCGGGACCGCCGUGGUUCUGCUGGGGUUCGGCUAUGUCUCGCUCCUUCUCCCCGUGGCCGCGGACAUCUCUCGGACCUAGGCUUUGCUCUCCAACGCCCUGCACGGAGAACUGGAAGGACUGCAUCCUGUUCCUUCAGACAGCCGAAUAUUCAUUUUUGGGAUUUGGAACCGAUUGCCAUGAAAUAGCUCAAUCUUCUAUUGUACAUGGAAUGAGGCCAGAAUCCAGAUGUGUGCAAGUCACUGCUAGCCCCGAGACAGUGAACAUCCCCACCAUACUACUACCACCACGGUUCCCCUUCAUGUGGGGAGGUUUAUGGGUGUCACAGGCUGGCAGCCUGGAUUAUGCCAUCAAUGCUGGAAUAACGAUGCUAAUGCGAUUACGGACUACGGAACAGCUUUUCACCACCAGCAGGGGAUUGUGGAGGCCGGCCGGCAUAACCCCAUUCGACUUCAAUGCCGCCAAAUCAGCCGCUUUCCGAUCGACGCUCGGCGUGCUCCUCCAUCUUUCCAUUCGCGGGCGAGGGAAUCGUAUUAUUCGUCGCUCGGUGCCACUUAAGAUGAGCCUUGUUGCUUCUCUCAACCGACAUGUCUUCUUUCUUCAGCUCCAACCCCUUCGCACCCGUUCGUAAUAAUAAGGUGAGUGCGUUCCGGUCCCGG